AUGGAUCAAUCCAACUAUGCGAACACAUCAUGUAGCCAAGAACAUCCAAUAUCUGCUCCUCAUCGCUCCUUCCGUUGUAGCAUAUGGAAACCAAUCCCUGCUCAAUAUUUCAAAUUAUUCCAAGGUAAUGGUCCAGAUGUCUUUUGUGAUUUGGCAUCUGGAAAUCAAUAUAAGAACAAUCAAUUGAUUUCUCUUUGCCCAUUUCCUGUUGAUCAUCUAUACAACUAUAAUAGGGUAAGUAUAGAUAAGAAAUACUAUCUUAUAGAAUUUUUAGAAGCAAUCACCAUGGGGAAUAUGUUUGCAAACUUAUUCAAAGGCCUUUUUGGCAAGAAAGAAAUGAGGAUAUUGAUGGUAGGAUUAGAUGCAGCUGGUAAAACUACUAUUUUAUACAAACUAAAAUUAGGAGAAAUUGUAACAACCAUACCCACAAUUGGGUUUAAUGUGGAAACUGUAGAAUAUAAAAACAUCAGCUUUACAGUGUGGGAUGUUGGUGGUCAAGACAAAAUUAGACCAUUAUGGAGACACUAUUUCCAAAACACACAGGGCCUGAUCUUCGUGGUGGACAGCAACGACAGGGAGCGCAUCACCGAGGCCAAGGACGAACUAAUGCGCAUGCUCGCCGAGGACGAGCUGCGGGACGCCGUCCUGCUGAUAUUCGCCAACAAGCAGGACCUGCCCAACGCUAUGAACGCCGCCGAGAUCACCGACAAGCUGGGCUUGCACUCGCUGCGCAACCGCAACUGGUACAUACAGGCGACGUGCGCCACCAGCGGCGACGGGCUGUACGAGGGCCUCGAUUGGCUGUCCAAUCAGCUGAAGAACGCCAAUCGCUAGGGCGGGAGUGGGGGGAGGUUAAAGUGUGUGCACCGGGGUGGUCGGUGCCUGUUCAUGAACUGUCGCGUCGAGAUCGGUACCAUAUGUUGCGAGCGAGAGCGUUCGGGGGGUCGCGCCUGCUUUUCCGGGGAGUAGGGUCGGCUCCCUCGUGUGUACCUUCCGGGUAUGCCCUGCGUUAAAUUGCACUCCAAUAUAAGUAUCCUUUGUAUUUAUUUAUUUUCUUUUUCAGGUGGAUUGCGGGCUUGUUUUGUAUGAUAACUUUUUUGUAAUAGGUUAUAAUGUACAGUAGACAUUUGUAUUUGAAGGGUUUUCUUCUUUCUGAUCAGUGAAUGGCAUCGUUGUAACAUAUGGUAAGGCUGUUCGUAUUUAAUAAAAAAAUGAUAUGUUUUAAAAAAAUUGGGCACAGCUCAGAAGUAUUUUAUUGUUUAAUUGAGGUAAUCUACUUUUCAGCUCACGGAAAUGGGCACAGUAUCUCGAAAUUCUGCAUGCUCAUUUUCGAUUCUGAUCUUGAGGAAUUUUAUAGUUUCUGGAGAUCAGAACAUCUAUGAUAAUAUAUCGGUUGUUCUGUCCAUUUUAUGUGUGCUGCACUGUACAUAAUCUUUGUUUUUCUCAAAUUGUAACUCAUACUUAUGAUCGGUUAUAAAAGGAAUCUUUUGAGACGUAAUUUUAUUUGACAAACAGUGGAGUAAGGUUACAGUAUAAGUGAUUUAUUUAAAGAGUUUCAUUUUUUCGAUGACAUUCCCCGUUUGUCAGCUGUAUUAUCAAAUAAAUUUAUACUAU